CUCAGAUGACUUGUGAUGGCACACUCUUAGCAUACAGAUUUAUUAAAACGACGACCAUUCUCGAUUUUUUAUUUUUUUGCCAUGUUAUACUUGAGUUGUUGCCAUACUUGUUUUUCAGUAUAAGGUACAGGGUCAAUCAACAGUGUGACAGGAAAGGGAAAAAGGAGGCUAUAAGCAUAAAAAAAAUUUAAAUUCAAGGAUUCCUCUUUUGAGAAGAAGCUUAUACAACAGAAUCAGUACCAAUUAUUGUCAGGAGGACAAAACAGCAUCUUUUCCAGAAGGACUUCUGCAGUGCCAGAAUGGGUUCCAGUCAGAGCAGUGACAAACUCCACUGUAAUCGUUAUCUGAAAGGACAGGGUCCUAAUUCACUGGUACAACAAGUGAAUAAAAAGGUGGAUGGAAGGAUCAUCCCAUCAGUUGGAUGUCAACCCAAAGGCAAGAUGACCUGGGAGAUUCUCCACAAAAACAUACCAGGUUUCCCUGAUGACCAAACACUGAAGAUCACUUAUGUCUUUCCUGAAGGAAUACAGACAGAGCCCAGGCAGUCUAUCAGGGCUUUCAAACCAGAGAUUGUGUGCAGGAACCAAACAGUACAGAGUAGAGGACACAGGUGUGGAAUUCAAAAAGAGAAACACCCCAAUCCGGGACAGCCAUAUACAGGGAGUCAGAUGUGUACAUACCUCCCUGACAACCAUGAGGGCAAGACUGUCCUCACGUUGCUGGAAAAGGCUUUCAACCAGCAGCUGUUGUUUACCAUUGCUAUCGGUGAAAGUGGAGACGAUGUUGUCACAACAGCCUCUGUUCCAUUAAAAAUACAACUGGAAGAAGAGGGAAGCAUGAUUGAUGGCUACCCUGAUAUGAACUACCUGAUGACAUUGAAUAAGGUUCUGAGAAAUAAAGGCAUUAAGUAAGACACGACUGGAUACCCUUUACCUGUCGGAUGCAUGAAGUCUGCAGCCAUAUUUGCCUUGUGUUGUUGGAAGAUAUGUACACUUUUCCGCAAACAUUGGAAUUAUAUCACUGUGGUUCUUAACAAGAUUAAUGUUGUAAAAUGUUACAAUUCCUACAUACAGUAUGAAUAUGUUUAAAGUUUGAUUAAAACUUAUGUGACAAAUCA